AUGGACUCAAUUAUGAGACCACUUCAAUUUUAUCCGACCUAUGUUUUCGAUGACACAAAACAUGUAGUAGAUGUGGUCGCUAAGGAAUAUCUUGACAAAGCGACUGUUGACAUACAUCACCUUGUUCCUGCUGAUGUUCCUGGUGAUGGAAAUUGUUUAUAUAAUUCAAUUGUUCUUUUGAUGAAUAAUCCAUUAGUGACAGCUAGUGAAUUGCGAGUUCGAACUGUUAUUGAACUUAUAACUAAUGAAAACUAUUACAAUGCCAUGUGUGCACAAUAUGCAGGAAAUACCGAUAUUAUUAUUCAAGCAGCUUGCAAAAAGGGAAUGUAUUCUGAAAUACACGAAGUUGCUGCAUUAUGCAAUGUACUACAAUGCAACAUCCGAAGUGUGUUUCCAAGAAUUGAUUUUGAAUACUAUAAAGCAAUUUGGGAUAGCGUCUUUGCACCUAUUCCACCUGUUAUUGGAAAUUGUACCAUUGUAAUCUUAUGGUCAAGUACUUUGCACGAAAAAGAUGUUCGAGAAACGUAUGGUGGCACAUGGACACCAAAUCAUUUUGUUCCACUUCUGUCGCCACCUAUUCUUAAUGAAGUCAACAGUCAAUCGGCAUCGGCUGUUGUAACACCUGAAAAGAGAACUGUCAAAAACAAUAAUGACGACGAAAUGAAAAUAACACCGGCAAUGAUUUCAUCCAAACAGACGUUUCAAUGGAAAUCGAAACAGAAAAGAACGAUAAGGAAGAAAGACAGAGAACGGACUCAAGCCAAUAGAAUGAUUGAAACAGAAGAGAGACGAGAAAUUCGCCUACAGAAAGACAGAGAAGGAACUCAAGCCAAUAGAGCCAAUGAAACAGAAAAGGAACGUGGAAUUCGUCUACAGAAAGACAGAGAACGAACGCAAACCAACAGAACCAAUGAAACAGAAGAGGAACGUGCAAUUCGUCUACAGAAACACAGAGAAGGAACUCAAGCAAAUAGAGCUAAGAAGAAGCACAAAACUAUUGGUGGCGGACAAGACUUUAUUCGCUCACUUUGGCCUGAACCAAUUUCUCGGGAUUUAAAAGAAACUCGUUUGCAGCAAUUUCUAGAACAGAUGUCUAUGUCACAAUUAGCUGAGGUCAUUUGUGCAGUUUGUAAUAUUCGCACUCCAGCAAAAGACUCGAAGAAAAUACCCAUCUCAAAAAUUCCUAAUAUGAAUUUGCUGAAAGUUUCUGAAGAACUCAGAAUUCUAAUUAAAAAUUUAAUGGAAAAUACGGCCACUCACAUUGAUGAUAACAAUACACAUACAACAUCACAUAUUAAAAAUCAGUCAAAUUUUGGUUCGUCAUCUUUCUUCUGUGAAAACGAUAUUAUUUUGUACAAAAAUGGCUUGCUUGAAACAAACAGAGUAAAAAUGUGCAUCCUUUGUCAAAAAUGCCACACUUCGCUUUCGAAAGAAAAAAUACCGAAGUUUUCAGUUGCUAACAACAUGUGGUUAGGUGAUAUACCUAAAGAAUUACAAGGAUNUGUAAUUGAAAAAUCACGUAAACUCGUUUUACGUUGUUAUAAUGCACUUGCUUCACAACAAGAAUUAUCUGGUGUGCAAGUUGCUUCUUAUCUCAUGAAUUGGGACGACCAUUACACAACACAUAAAUUUCAAGGCCUUUAUUUGAUUCAAACGGAACGGUUUUUACAAAGUGAAUUAAAUGAAAUGCGUGCAAAACAAAAUCUUCAAUCAACAUCACAAGAAGCAAUUGAUGAUGACGAUGUAUUUGAUAAUGAAGCAACUAACGAUGAAAACAACGAUGAAGAACAUUUUCAAGUUCAACCGACGGAAGAUAAAAACAAUUUUAUACUUGUUAAUACUCGCAUUGAUUAUCAAUACCGUUCAGACCAUCUAAAAGACACGUGUUUAUAUGAUUUUGUCAGUACAUUUUAUAAGAAAAAAAUUAAUGAAACAGAUUUGAGGCAUUUAUCAAAAUCUUCUACAACAGAAAAAAGACAAGAUAAUCAAAGAGGUCGACCAUCUAAUGAGCGAUUUCCUUUUCAAAACGAACAUCCUCAAACAACAACGCAUCUACUCAUGAAAUAUAGUGAAGUUCAUGUGCCCGUUCUCUAUGGUCCUCAAAUUCCUCGGCAAGAUCGUGAUGAUACUGGAGAACGAUACAAUCGUGCACUACUCACACUUUUUGUGCCAUGGCGCAAUGUAAAUGAUCUUUGUGACAUCGAUCAAACAUGGGAAGAUGCAUUCGAAUCUCGAAAAUAUCUUAUUUCUGCUCAUUCAUGGAAGAUUAUAGAAAAUAUUCAGCCUUUACAUGAAUGUAAAAAAGAUCGUGAUGAACAUUUACUUAAAGUUAUUGCCGAAGCACAAGUCGAUAACGAUUCGAUUGAACCUACAUUUGUACCAUCGAAUCAAGGUGUUGAUGGUGAAUAUGAAGUAGAUGAUAUCGACGAUUUGAUUCAACUAAUAGGCAGUGUAGAUGAAUUUACAGCUGCUGNUCUUUUCGUAUACAUCCUGAGAACUCAUGCUCUUGAUAAUAGUAGUCUUCCAUCAGAUCCAUGGUGUAUCACAUACUUAGUUGACUAUACAUCACCUGAUCUCAUUCGUCCUACUGUUGUACAACGAUCGGCAAGUCCAGUUGGUACUGUGUUUCAAAAUCACACUAUGUUUUCCAUACAAGGUAUAUAUUUCAACAGUUUAGUUGGUCGUCCAACUCGUAAUUCAGCCAAUAUCUACUUUAAAGAUGCAAGUACAAAUCUAACAGUUGUACUGUAUGAUGCUGACUAUGCAUCCAAUAUAAUUUAUACUAGGUAUACUAUUGUGAUCGUUGUAAAUUAUACAUGGACACCUGGAAAAUCCUAUUAUAUUACAAUGGAUAGUGGAUUUGCUAGUGGAAGUGAAUUUUGUCAUGCUGAAUCGGCACCCAUCACUGAUCCCACAUUUUCGCCAUUCAAUAUUUGGAAUCCAGCAGUUUCAAGUACAACAACAACAACAACAAAAAUAACAACUAUUACAGUUACAACAAAAACAACAUCAACAACAAGUAUCAAUACUCUUUUGGCAACAACCGGUAUUGUAGUGACAACAACAGCUCCCAUUACCACCAAUGUAACAACUGCAACAACUUCACCACCAACUACAGCUGGUCCAACAACAGCAGGUCCAUCUGCUUCAGCAUCAACAACUGAAUCUACAGUUGCAGUCAUGUAUCCUAAAGAUUUACUGAGUUAUUUCAUUUUUAAAUACAGUACUGGCCAAAAUUAUAAGAACAGAGCUUUUCUCAGAGUGUUAGCGUGUCCUCAUCCCCUCUUUUCCUAUUUAGACUAA